CAAGAUAGUUGAUAAUGGAGUGAAUUUGCUAUACAAUUUAUCCAGGCUCAGAAAGCCAAUUCAAUAUGAUAAUUCUUACACAAUUGAGAGCUCUGCCAUUAGCAGUCCUUUGUUUUUCUGCAUUCAUGAUUUCUGCAGAAUGUCAUGAUGAUAAGAAGUCUGUGUAUGAUGUUUUGGAAUCCUUCAAUUUUCCAAAGGGUAUUCUACCUGCAAAUGCCAAGGAAUAUUUCUUACAUGCAGAUGGAAAUUUUCAGGUACUUCUGGAUGGAUUAUGCAACAUCAAGAUUGAGGAAAAAGGGUACCAGAUCAGGUAUGAGAAAAAAGUCAUGGGGAAUAUAAGUGCAGGAUCAUUGAAGCAUUUGAAGGGUGUGAGAGUGAAGGUGUCAUUUGUCUGGUUGGAUGUGUCUGCAGUAAAGUUGAGCAAGGGAAAGUUGAAGUUCUAUGUUGGACCCUUCUCUGCUGCCUUUGAUGCUUCAGGUUUUGAUGACACCCCAAUUUGUGAAUAGGAACAUCUAAUUCAUAUAGGAGAUAUGAAAAACUGCUUAAUCCACUAACCCAGAGAAGAAAACAGAAAGGAAAAAACACUAAAGGUUCUUUAAGAAUCUGAAAUAGCGAUAUACAG